AUGAAACCGACGGAUGUGACUGCUCGUAACGAGAAGGAUCUACUACAACGGGUGUACAAGAAAUUCAAAGUCAAGGCCACACUUAAACGACCAAAGUUUAAAGUUGGCGACAGAGUACGAAUCAGCAAAUUUAAACACAUCUUCGAGAAGGGCUACACACCCAAUUGGACACCCGAAAUUUUCACCGUAAGUCGAGUGAAGAAUACCGAUCCGGUGACGUACAAUCUCAAGGACUACCAAGAUCAUACCAUCGAAAGCGGCUUCUACGAGCAUGAACAUACCAGCGUCGAAUAUCCCGACAUAUAUCUUAUGGAGAAGAUACUGAGGAAACGUGGAAACAAGCUAUUUGUGAAAUGGUUAGGCUUCGAUGGUUCGCACAAUAGUUGGAUCGAUAAGUCGGAUUUGUGGACUUCACCGAGAUGGGACAAGGAGAAGCAAAGAUAA